AUGGCCGAACAACACAAAUGUUUCUCGGUACCAGAAGUGCGUGGCGAGAUCGCGAAAUGGGUCCACGUCAAUGAUCAGGUUACAUCCGAUGGAGGAGGCGCUAUAUUUUCCUCCACAAAGUCGCUCUCAAUGGUCAACAAAGAAUUCCGCAAAUCUUCUGUUCCCAUACUAUUCCGAUCCACCACUCUUGAGGGCCAUGAAGACAAAGGCAAUCACAGUAUUACCCCGAAGCUGCAGGACUUUGCCAGAUUGGGCCGUCAUACUGGUCUACCAGACAUUCGGGAUCAUAUCCGGCAACUCCCGCAAUCUCUUGCCAAUGCCAUCAAUGCAAUUGCAGGGUGUCACAGGCGUCGCGUACUAGCAAGUCUAUGGCUCGACCUAUCCGGUCUUGCCGAGUCAACCAUGGUGGCUUUCAGCUUCUUCUGCAAGGAUUUCAAGUUCCGAAUAGCAUCCAUCAGUUUUCAAGCACCAGGCAAUGAAUGGAUUGCUGGCGAAUUUUUAAAAUGCUGCCAAAAACAAUAUUUGGAGCGCCUAAGCUCGGUCGGGAUCGAUGCUAGCUAUGCCCAAGCCUGGAGAAUUCAGGGGUACUUUACAAUGUUCAAUUUGAAGUAUCUACAGAUCAACAUCGAACGAGCCGCAGAUGAUGUCAUCAUUUUCAAUGAUGAACAUGACCGACUUGUCGACCAUGUUAUCAAGUUUGUCCCCAGAUGGUUCCCAAACUUGGAAGAGCUGGACAUUUAUGGCAGCCGAGCCGGUAGAUGUUAUGGUUUUGCCGUUGAGGGUACUUUCGCAGCACGAGUAGGUGCAAUAUGGAUGCACAACUAG